AUAAUAUCUAUUCUCCCCCAAAUGCGAAAAAUCGUAGUAGUAGAUAUCAAUUCAGAGUGAGAGUGACAGAGGAACGAGAAUGGAGUAUCGGGAAGACUUGAGGUCUGUACUGCCGUACUUACCUGUAGUUCUCCGAGCAUCGUCACUGUUCUGGCCAUCGCCAGUUGUUGAAGCGCUCAAGGCACUAUUAAAUGGCCCCGACCACAGCAAAGUGGACAGCGGUGAGGUCCUCUUCCUCGCCAUUUCCGACAUCAGGAAUUCCCUCAACCUCAACAUCUCCUCCGAUCGUCUCGCUUCUUCCGCAGCCGAUGGUUACGCACUUUUCUUUGAUGACUUGAUGUCUCGUGCCGAAGCGAAGAAAUGGUUUGGGGAGGUAAUGCCGGCGUUGGCGAAUUUGCUGCUGCGGUUGCCGUCGCUAUUAGAGAUUCACUAUAAGAAUGCAGAUGGUGUGCUUAUCAAUGGUGGAAGAAGAGAUGGAGUGAAAACUGGUCUGCGUUUGUUAGAGCCCCAAGAGCCUGGCAUAGUGUUCCUCAGUCAGGAAUUGAUUGGUGCUCUUCUGGCAUGUUCUUUCUUUUGUUUGUUCCCAAUCACCAAUAGAGGUGCCAAGCAUCUUCCAACAAUCAACUUUGACCAUUUAUUUGCGAGACUAUAUGAAAGUGACGACGAGAAGCUGGAAAAUAAAAUUAAGUGCAUCAUUCAUUAUUUUGAGAGGAUAUUUUCAUGUAUGCCUGUGGGUAAUAUCUCAUUUGAGCGGAAAGUUCUUCCGUUGGAACAUCAUCCUCUCUGUGUUUCGUAUCCAAGGAUUAAUUUUUGGAGCAAAUCUGUCAUCCCUCUUUGCCGUUUUGAGGUUUAUAAUUCGGGCUUAAUAGAAGAUCACUCCAGUGAGGCUCUGGAAGUGGAUUUUGCAAACAAGUUUAUAGGGGGUGGUGCUCUCCAUCGGGGCUGUGUACAGGAGGAGAUCCGUUUCAUGAUCAAUCCAGAAUUAAUUGCAGGCAUGCUUUUCUUAACUCGCAUGGAAGACAAUGAGGCCAUAGAAAUUAUGGGUACAGAAAGGUUUGCUUCUUCAUUCCGGUUUUGUGGUGACUUUGUGGACAAAAGGGAUGUUGAUUCCUUGGGAAGGCGUAAAACGAGGAUUAUUGCAAUAGACGCACUAUGCAGCGCAGGAAAGAGACAGUAUGAACAUGAAUGCAUCCUGCGAGAUGCAAACCGGAAUCGAAUGCAACAAGAAGCAGAGGAUCAUUUCUGGGUGGAUGGAUUGCGAUCGAAGGUCUCCAUUUUCAUUUUUGGCGACUAG